AUGGGGAAAUUCCUGUUCAGUUUUGAGGUGGAGUAUGAUCAAAGGAGGAAGGCGGUGUUUGGGGAGCGUCUUCUACUCUCUUUACUGCCUGCUCACAUUGCCAUGGAAAUGAAAGCAGAGAUCAUUCAGAGGUUACAAGGUCCCAAGGCAGGCCAGCUGGAAAACACCAACAACUUCCACAAUUUGUAUGUCAAACGGCACACCAAUGUAAGUAUCUUGUAUGCUGAUAUUGUGGGAUUCACUCGCCUGGCCAGUGACUGCUCGCCAGGGGAAUUGGUGCACAUGCUAAAUGAGCUGUUCGGAAAGUUUGAUCAGAUUGCAAAGGAAAAUGAAUGUAUGAGAAUUAAAAUCUUGGGUGACUGCUAUUACUGUGUUUCUGGACUACCUAUAUCUCUUCAAAAUCAUGCCAAGAAUUGUGUGAAAAUGGGACUGGACAUGUGUGAAGCCAUUAAGAAAGUGAGGGACGCAACUGGAGUUGAUAUUAAUAUGCGCGUAGGAGUGCACUCUGGGAAUGUGCUUUGUGGUGUUAUUGGGCUACAAAAGUGGCAGUAUGACGUGUGGUCACACGAUGUUACUCUGGCAAAUCACAUGGAAGCUGGAGGAGUCCCAGGCCGAGUUCACAUCACCUCAGUCACCCUGGCACAUUUGAAUGGAGCUUACAAAGUGGAAGAUGGGGAUGGAGAUGUGAGGGACCCAUAUCUGAAAGAGCAUAAUGUUAAGACUUACUUUGUAAUCAAUCCUAAGGGAGAGAAGCGAAGCCCUCAGCACCACAUUAGACCUCGACAUACUCUUGAUGGAGCCAAAAUGAGAGCUUCUGUCCGCAUGACCCGGUACCUGGAAUCCUGGGGAGCAGCCAAGCCAUUUGCACACUUGCACCACAGGGACAGCAUGACCACUGAAAACGGCAAGAUUAGCACAACAGAUGUUCCCAUGGGGCAAUAUCAUUUUCAGCGUUGCAGAGAGAGAACAAAAUCACAGAAGAGAAGGUUUGAGGAGGAACUGAAUGAGAGGAUGAUCCAGGCCAUUGAUGGAAUCAAUGCUCAAAAGCAGUGGCUUAAAUCUGAAGACAUUCAAAGAAUAUCACUUCUUUUCUAUAAUAAGACUCUGGAAAAAGAAUAUCGAGCAACCACUCUGCCUGCAUUUAAGUAUUACGUGACUUGUGCCUGUCUCAUAUUCUUCUGCAUUUUUGUUGUACAGAUUCUGGUAUUGCCAAAAACAUCUAUUCUUGGAAUUUCAUUUGGGGCUGCGUUUCUCUUGCUUUCCUUCAUUUUGUUUAUCUGCUUUGCUGGACAGCUUUUG